CCCAGCUGACCCGGCCGCUCUCCCCUCGCUGGCUGCUGCCCCGGCGUGCAGGGCCCGGCCGCCGCCAUGUCGGGCCCGUUCGAGCUCUCGGUGCAGGACCUCAACGAUCUGCUCUCGGACGGCAGCGGCUGCUACAGCCUCCCGAGCCAGCCCUGCAACGAGGUCACCCCGAGGAUCUACGUGGGCAACGCGUCUGUGGCUCAAGACAUCCCCAAGCUACAGAAACUGGGCAUCACCCACGUCCUGAACGCUGCCGAGGGCAGGUCCUUCAUGCACGUCAACACCAAUGCCAACUUCUACAAGGACUCCGGCAUCACCUACCUGGGCAUCAAGGCCAACGACACGCAGGAGUUCAACCUCAGCGCCUACUUUGAAAGGGCUGCAGACUUCAUUGACCAGGCCCUGGCUCACAAGAACGGCCGAGUGCUUGUCCACUGCCGUGAAGGUUACAGCCGCUCCCCAACUCUAGUUAUCGCGUACCUCAUGCUGCGUCAGAAGAUGGAUGUCAAGUCUGCCCUGAGCGUCGUCAGGCAGAACCGUGAGAUCGGCCCCAACGAUGGUUUCCUGGCCCAACUCUGCCAGCUCAAUGACAGACUAGUCAAGGAGGGGAAAUUGAAACUCUAGGGCCCGCACUGCCUCUUCUCUAGAGGUCGGACGGGGGAGGCCUUGGUUGAGGUGUCCCAAGCCGCCCUGUUUAGGAAACACAGUGUACCCUGCUCCCAGCAUCACCAGGCACUUGCCCACAUCUGUCCCAACAUAGCCCUGGGCCACUUUCCCCUGGGGGGGACACAUAAAGAAGCUUGCUAAGGAGGGCAUUCUUGCUCCCUGGUGUGUCCUGUGCCUGUAAUUUAUGACGUCCUCUUCCCGAGGUGGGGGCGCAGAGUGGGAAGGCCUGUGACGUGUGCUUCUCCUGAAUGGCCCAGGGCGGGAGGUCAGUGGAAGUGUAAGGCUCCAGAUGCCCACAGGGCCCCUCCUGACCUCCCCCACCUCCCACCCCCACCCCUGGCUCCUCUCCUGAGUGGGGACCACAGCACCUCGAGCCCUGCAAAGGAACUAUGCAAACAUGGGCCCCUCUCUCCCCACCAUGUCUGUCUCCCCAUCUCCUCGCAGCCAUCCGCACUCUGCUCACAGGCAGAGUCCCAUCAUGAGGUCUGAAGCUGGGGGUAGCUGUCAGUUGUUAGUGGAUGGAAAUUCCCACAAAGAGCCCGCAUUUUAACUAUUUCUUUAGGAUUAAAGAUAACUAAACAAAGAGGCCCUCAGGUGGGCAAAUAAGUUGUCCUGGAGGACUCCUAAAUCAAUAGUUUUUAAAAUGCAAAUCUUUGGAGGGCUUGAGUUCAGAAUCCACUGCUUUGGAUUGUUUCCCUUGGACUGCCUUCAGUCUCUUGGUUUGUUAGAAGAGGAUGCCUUGGGCAUGCUUUUCUUUUUCUUUUUUUAGAAAACAGGGUGUUGAAGUCCAGCCUAUUUAAAAACCCCACCAUUUGGAGAAUUACAAGGGUUUUGUCCUGAAUUAUAGCGUUGCGAGCCCAAGCCACUCGUGCUAACUGCUUUUUGUCUCGGUUGCUAUUCCAAGGACAGAAGGAGAAAGUUGGCCAAUUACAGUGUGUGUGCGUGGGUGUGUGUGGGGUGUGUGUCUCUCAGAAAUACAGCCAGAGGACGGACGAGCAGAGAGAUGAGCUGUCCCAGGCUCACACCCUGCCCACUGGCAGGUAGUUCUGAUGGCUCUCUGGUGCCAGGAAAGAUCCUGGACCCUUGGGAGCAAAAAUGAUUCAGCGAGGCAGAAAUGAAAUAUGGCGGAGCAUCCAAAUGGAGCCUUGAUUUGUGGUAGAGCAAACAAACAAAAAGAAACAACCUUUUCUAGGACUUCUUCAGGAUGGUGUCAGAAUGCACUAGCACUCACACUCACAUGCGUGUGCACAUUUGUCAGAAUAUGGGAGUUUUGUUUUGAACACAGUCUUGUUAGGACUUUGCUUGAUUGUCAUCCUGGAAAGUGAUUCAAGGCUGUCGUCUUCAGGUUCCCUAUGACAGAGAGGUGUUCCUCAGCCAUGCCCCCAGCGCCUAGCCACAUAGGUG